GAACAAAUCUCCCACGGACAAGGUUACCUCGUUCCUCUCCCGUUCUUCGGUUUCCGUUUAUAGAAAAAUUCCCUUAAAAAGGUAGCUUUUUAUCUACCCCUUGGAAUCAGUUCUAUAGUCCUUUCGACAGGAACAAACAUAUUUCGAAAGCACACAGUAAAGUAUGAUUUAGCUCGAGAUUUUUCUUAUCCCUUUUGUUCUGCGAUACGGGUUUUUCUUCUCAAUCAUUUUCACUUAGUAUAAGUAUACGCUUUAUGUUAAUUGGUUAUGAGGAUAUGAAUCUGAGCUGGGUUUUGAUUUGUGGUUCUUCUGGUGAUUUGAUUCGCUGUAUGGUUGGUGAAUUCUAGGAUUUUUGUGGGGGCGCUGCCUUUGUUGAUUGAUUAGCUUUUUUCGGCUUUUUCUAUGCAAUUAAGUUCUGCUGCUUACCUCCCCGAAAGUUUCUGAAUCUCUGAGGUCAUUCCUCAGAGUUCUUGUCUGUAUUUCUCCUGUAUAAUUGACUGUAUAUAAUCAUAUAUACAUCUUUGUAUCUGUGAGUGUAAGGGAGUGAGUAACUUCAUAUCAUGGGUAUUGAUGGGUUUCGUUUGAUUGACGUGAAUUUGACUUGAUUGGGGGUUUGAGUUGAAUAAUUGGGGGAAAAGGGGUAGUUUAUGUGAACGUCUGAACAUGAUUGUGAGAUAUAUGGUAAAUGGAACUCAAUAUGGGAGGAAUUUCGUGCAAUAGAUAUCAAAUUAAGUGGCUUGAAAGUUCUUUGUAUUUGGAGAUUUAACUUGUUUGGUAUACUACUUGUUUUCUGGUCUUUGAAUUGAGAUGGAGUACCCUUUUUCGAGUAAGGAGAAGGAUACUGGAUAUUGGCCUUCACCGAGGGGUCAGAUGGAGUGUAUGGAUAAGACUUAUAUGGAGAAUGGCAUACGGGGCUCGAAUUUGGAUGGUUCAUUUAGUAACAUUGGAGAAUUUAUGAAUGUUGAUUCGAAUGGUGGAUGGUGCAAUAACCCCAAUAAUGUUUCAGAUUUCUUGUUUCCCUCUUUUCCAAUAUCGCCUCAUAGUUCGACAGUCACAAAUUUUGUGCCUUUUGAUGGGAUAAACUUCACAGAGCAGUAUUCUCUCCAGGUGCCCAUGGUAGAAGGUGAAACUGUGGGAAGUUUGUCUAGCAUGGGAGGCAAAAUGCUGCUUCAGCAGAUGCACAGCCAAUUAAAGUUCCCGGUGGAUUCUGCUAAUAAUGGGGUUGAUGUGAGCCAGAGGAGAGGUAAUAGCUCAGCCCAGCAGAAUGCGGUUUCUGAAAGACAUACCACAAUCCCUAGACUUCCUUCACAAUCCUUGGCUGAGAAAAUGCUCAGAGCAUUACAUCUAUUUAAAGAAUGGUCUGGAGGGGGUAUUUUGGCCCAAGUUUGGGUUCCAAUAAAGAAUAGGGAUGGGUACAUCUUAAGCACCUGUGAACAACCUUAUUUACUUGACCAGACACUUUCUGGUUAUCGUGAAGUGUCUAGGUUUUUUACCUUUGCUGCAGAAUCAAGACCGGGUUCUUUCCCAGGCCUUCCGGGCCGUGUCUUUACCUCUAAGAUACCAGAGUGGACAUCAAAUGUGGUGUACUACAAUAAAGAAGAGUACUUGAGGGUUCAGUAUGCGAUUGAGCAUGAAGUCCGUGGAUCUGUUGCCUUACCUGUGUUUGAGGAUGAUUCGCCUGAAAGAUCAUGUUGUGCAGUGCUAGAAUUGGUCACCAUGAAGGAAAAACCCAAUUUUGACUCGGAGAUGGAAAAUGUGUGUCAUGCCCUCCAGGCAGUGAAUUUAAGGAGCACUGUACCUCGAUUCUAUCCCCAGUGUCUUUCAAAGAAUCAAAGAUCAGCUUUAGCUGAAAUAACUGAUGUUUUGCGAGCUGUUUGCCAUGCACAUAGACUGCCUCUUGCUUUGACAUGGAUUCCUUGCUGUUACAAAGAGGGGGCUGAUGAUGAAACUACAACAGUACAAGUUAGAGGAUGCAACACAAGUUCUGACGAAAAAUGUAUACUGUGCAUUGAGAGUACAGCCUGUUACGUAAAUGAUAGAGCUAUGCAGGGAUUUAUGCAUGCAUGUAGGGAACAUCAUCUUGAGGAGGGACAAGGUAUUGCUGGGAAAGCUCUCCAAUCAAAUCACCCCUUUUUCUACUCUGAUGUAAAGGAAUACCACAUAAGUGAGUAUCCUCUUGUUCAUCAUGCCCGGAAAUUCGGCCUAAAUGCUGCUGUUGCAAUUAGGUUAAGAAGUACAUAUACUGGUGAUGAUGACUAUAUACUAGAAUUCUUUCUCCCUGUCAAUAUGAAAGGGAGUACAGAACAGCAGCUCUUGCUAAAUAACCUAUCCGGUACAAUGCAGAGGAUCUGCAGGAGUUUGAGGACAGCGUCAGAUGCAACAUUAGUUGGACUAGAAUCUGAAGUUGGACUACAGAAUGGGGAAGUUCAAAGCAUUCCACCUAGUACAUUGUCCAGGAGGAGCUCUGAACAGUCACUGAUAGAUGGCAAUUUAAACUCUGGCGAUCAAUUACCCCUGAAUGUAUCAGAUUCAAAGACUACUGAAAUGGAUGCCGACGUUCCUCUUGACCAGACAAUUGCUGGGUCAAGGAGACGGAUGGAGAAGAAGAGAAGCACAGCUGAGAAGCAUGUUAGUUUAAGUGUUCUUCAGCAAUACUUUUCUGGUAGCCUGAAGGAUGCAGCGCAAAGCAUUGGUGUAUGUCCAACUACGCUCAAAAGGAUAUGUAGACAACACGGCAUCUCAAGAUGGCCAUCCCGCAAGAUAAACAAAGUGAAUCGUUCUUUGAGGAAAAUACAGAGCGUCCUUGACUCUGUUCAGGGGGUGGAAGGUGGAUUGAAGUAUGAUCCAUACACCGGGGAGCUUGUGGCUGCUAGCUCUAUCCAAGAUUUUGAUCAGCAAAAAAGUGUUCUCAUCCACAGUAGAAGUCAAUCCAUUGGAAAUCCAGAUUCAUUUAUCCAGGGUGCGAUCCUGGCUUCUCCAUCUUGCACUGAUGUUGAGGGUGGCAUUGUGAAAAUGGAAGAAGGGUGUUUUUUGGACAGAAAUAAAGUGGCGAGGUCAAAUGUGCCGAGUCCUAACUCUUUCAAUGGAGAGCGUAAAAUAAAUACACUUAUGCCAGAAAGCUCCGAUGAAUCCAAAUUGGCUGCACUAGAUACUGGGCCGUUCCAGCCUGCUAGUCUUAACACCAUGCCUUGGGCGUCUUCUUGGAAGCUUGCAUCAAAUCCUUUCCUUAUGGGAGAAGGAUGCAAUCAGUGGGAGCUAAACAAUAGCAUGAACCUAGUGGCUUCCGAGUAUCCCUUCUCUUCUCAAAGCUCAAUGUCCAUUGCUGCUGGCAAUGAUAUAUACAGUACAUUUAAAGGUGAUAUUGGAGUGGAUGAUGAUGCAGUUUUUGAACAUAGCCAGCCCACCUCCUCGGGAAUGACAGACUCGUCCAGUGGGCCUGGCUCAACAAGGAAAGGCAGUUCGUCAAGCUCAAGAAGUUGUGAUGAAAAGAAGAAUUCUCAGACUGAGGCAAGCUGUGGAGAAAGUGGGUCAAAAAUUACUGUCAAAGCUACUUAUAAAGAAGACACAAUCCGGUUCAAGUUCAAGCCUUCUGGUGGAUGUUUUCGACUGUAUGAAGAAACAGCAAAGAGGUUCAAACUAAAUACAGGGCAGUUCCAGAUCAAGUAUCUUGAUGAUGAGGAGGAAUGGGUGUUGUUGGUAAGUGAUUCUGAUUUGCAAGAGUGCCUCGAAGUAUUGGACUUUGUAGGCACUCGCAGUGUAAAGUUUCUUGUCCGUGAUAUACCUUGUGCCGUAGGGAGCUCGUGCGGCAGCAAUUACUUCAUGGCAGGAGACUCUUGAUAAAUCAACUGGUUUUCUUAUUGAUCCUAAUGGAGAUUUUCUUCAACUGGCUGUUACAAAUCCUGCUGAAGACUGACCUCUUGUGGCAGCAAUUACUUCAUGGUAGGAGACUCUUGAUAAAUCAACUGGUUUUCUUAUUGAUCCUAAUGGAGAUUUUCUUCAACUGGCUGUUACAAA